UCGGGGGUAACCUGUGGGAUGCUAGUCAGCUCCCAGCUCUUGGAAACAGCGGAAGCCUGGCUUUCUAAACAACCCUUCUCAUCUCCACAUGAUAGCAUCCAUAUCCAGUACUGCGGGGGCCUCAGUUGGCCCUCGUCUGUCAUUCACUGGUCCUCUCCCUGUCACUUCACAUCAAGGCAGAUGUUUCCUGCCAGCUUCAUGCCACAGAUCCCAAGAUGAUCAUCGUGACAGAAAAAACAAACAUUCUUUUGCGCUACCUACAUCAGCAAUGGGAUAAAAAGAAUGCUGCCAAGAAGAGAGACCAGGAGCAAGUGGACCUCGAGGGUGAGAGCUCGGCGCCCCCCCGCAAGGUUGCACGGACCGACAGCCCGGACAUGCACGAGGACACUUAAGACUCACACUCCCCCAUAGGUGCCUCCUGUCUUGUCUGCUCCUUGCCCGCCCGCCGUGUGUAAGCGCCCUGCCCACCCCACCGGCCCACCCAUUCCCCACCAUGCACACCACUUCCAACCUCAUAGGAGCCGAUGUAUUUAUUUUCCUUGAGUCUUUAUUUAUGCUGUAAAAUGUACCGAGCGAUGGUUAAAGGGGACGUCAGACCCAGUAGUGUGAUGUUGGUAGAUGCUUCUUAAAAAACGUUGUUAUCCAUCCCCUUGCCCCAGAUUCCCCUCCUCCUGCCCCCCAGUCCUCCAGAGAACUAGAGCGUGUCUGAGAGGGUCUAGAGAGGGGCCAUGCUUCAGCUGGGCGGCAGAGGUGGGGCCCUUCUCUCCACUCCCACCCUCUGGUCCAGCCUUAAAGACUUGGCCUUGAGUCGAGUUCCACCGAAACCUAUUUUGUGCUCAGACUCUGCUCUGAGCUGGCACCACCAGAAGUCGGCCCUCUCGGAUCUUUCUCUUAAGUCGUUUUAUCAUGGACUUGUUCGUGCUCCGUGUCCACCCCAAUAAAAGGAUCUUUCCUAUUUGA